CUUCACUUACUCAUGGGCGUUCCUUAAUUUUAUUACUCCGUAUAAAUUAUACUCGUAAUUCUUAAACCUGAAACCCUGAACCCCCUGAAACUCUCUGUGCCAAUGGCCAAGGCCAAGUCAAGCCAGUGCGUAAAGCACAUUGAAUCGUACGUUAACUCUUCUACCUCUCCUGCCGAACAGGCUGCAAAUGUAGACAUUGUUGCUGAACUUGUGAAAAAAGACUUGCUAACAUUAGAUGAAUUGGUUAGGGAGAUGGAUAUGUAUUUGACAAGUACCGAUACCAUCAUCCGAUCAAGAGGAAUCCUUCUCCUUGGGUGUGUACUGGCACAACUAUCGUUGAAGCCUUUAACUGAUGCUGCUAUUCAGAGUUUUACAGGAUUCUUCAUAGAGAGACUGGUAGAUUGGAAAGCAUUGCGUGGUGCUCUAGUUGGUUGCUUGGCAUUACUGAGAAGAAAACAUGAUGUUGGCAUGGUCACAAACAACCAAGCAAAGGCUGUUGCACAAUCAUUUAUGGAGAAUAUGCAAGUGCAGUCCUUGGGACAACAUGACAGAAAGCUUUGUUUUCAAAUUUUGGAGUGCUUAUUAGACUGCUAUCCUGAUGCGGUUGAACCAUUGGGUGAUGUCUUUGUUUAUGGAAUCUGUGAAUCAAUUGAUGGCGAGAAAGAUCCACAAUGUUUGAUGCUCGUAUAUCGAAUUGUUGAAGCUCUAGCACAGUUGUUCCCUCAAUCUUCUGGUUCACUAGCAAGCUAUGCAGGAGAUCUUUUUGAGAUUCUUGGGAGUUACUUCCCUAUCCAUUUUACAAACUCAAAACGUGAAGAUGUUGAUAUAAAGAAAGAGGAGCUGUCACAAGCACUGAUGGUUGCGUUUGCAUCAACACAUUUUUUUGAACCAUAUGCAAUUCCAUUACUUCUUGAAAAACUAUCUUCUGACUUGCCAUCAACAAAGGUUGAUUCUCUCAAGUUCCUUAGCUAUUGCACAUUGAAAUAUGGGGCAGAUAGAAUGAAAAAGCAUUUUCAGGCUCUUUGGUCUGCAUUAAAAGAUGCAAUAUUGAUGAGACCACAAUGUGCAAUGUCAAUAGAAUCUGAUUUAGUUGACGGUAUACAUUUUCAAGAGAAUGAAAUAAUGACUCAAGCUGUAGAGCUGCUUCAGACUGUUGUUAAGCAAAGUAAUGGCUCAUUCUCAACUAUUAUUAUGGAUGAUGAGGACAUAAAGACAUUUAUGAACUCACUAAAUGAGUUGAAAGUUCUUGGUUAUGCAUCUGUACAAAACAAACAGAGAUUGCAUGCAGUUGCUUGUAUUCUCUCAGCUUCUGUCAGAUCUUCUGUUGGUUCUUGUGAUGCAGUUUAUAAAGAAUUCUUUCCUCUCUUAAUGGGUGCCUUGAGAAUUUCAGCUGAAAUUUCAUCUGAAGAUAGACUUUUUCUUGGUACAACAUACAAUUUUGGAGCCUUGUAUCUCUCUGUUCACCUACUGUCAGCAUGCAAAGACUUGGUGUUUAGCUUUGAUGGUAUCACACCUUUUCAUGAUUUUCCCAGUAUGGAUUGGUGCAACAUACUAUGUGGCUUCUCUGCUUCGUUAUGCAAUUCAUUAGUUUCUCUUCUACAAGCAACUGCUGCUGAAAGCUUCCCUGAUGCUUAUAUUUAUUAUGCAGUUAGAGGUUUGCAAACUCUUGCUAUGUUUCCAGGAAGCUUCAUUUCAGUACCAAAGCCUAUAUUUGAGAAAGUUUUGUCAACUUUGAUAUCAGUAGUUGCUAGUGAUUUCAACAAAACAUUUUUGUGGAAAACUGCAUUGAAGGCUUUAGUAGAUGCUGGUUUGUAUAUUGACCAGUCCUGCGAUGCUGAGAAAGCUGCAAGCUUUGAAACUAUUGUCAUGGAUAGAAUAGGUUCCCUGAUAUCUUCUAAUGACCUUAAUGUUCCAUUGUCAUUCAAACUGCAAGCAAGUUAUGAUAUUGGAGUAAUUGGGCUGAAGUUUAUGCACCGAGUAGUUCACGAAUGGGACAAGAUACUAUCGUACAAUUUGUCACAUAUAUUUGUUAGCGAGGAUGUGAAAUCAAUAAGGCCGACAAUCUCACUUUUGGACUACUACUCCGGCAAGAUCCUUCCCUGGUUUCAUGAAAAUGAAGAUUCUGAUGAAGUCUUGUUGAAUCUUACAUUUAAUAUUUUGGAAAAGAUUGAAAAGAGUGUGCAUUUCAGCAUUGGUUUUCAGGAAAAUGAACUUCUUGACGCGAUAAUAGAAGCACUGAAACAUGGGGUAGCCAAUUGUUCAGAGGAAAACCAGGAAAGAAUUAUUACUAGAGCUUUCAACUUGAUUUCUUUGGACUCAUUGAGGGAUUUAAAACCUUCUAUUAUAUCAGCAAACUCUAAUGGGGGGCAACUUUCUAGCAUUUUGGAUGGGAUUUCAUGCAGAGAUGAACACAUUGCUUCCCUUGUUGCCUCGGUUAUAAUAGCUUUGCGCCCCCAAUGCCGCAUACCAAAUCCUCAACUUUUAUUGCAGUUCUUUCUAAUGAACCUACACAAAGGUCACAUUCCAUCAGCUCAGGCAUUGGGGUCUUUGGUUAAUAAACUCCCUUUAGAGACUGAUGAAAUAAACUUCAAUCUGGAAGAAGCAACAGAUGCAUUAUUUAACAAUGAAAUUUGGAUUUCCUGCAAUCCUUAUGAUGGAAAGAAGUGCUCCAUUGUCGACAACAGUGGUGCUAUUAAUAUCAGUACUCUAAGGUUAAACAUUGGUGCUGUGUGUUAUAAGCCUCAUGCUCUUGUUGGAUUAACUUGGAUAGGGAAAGGUUUACUUAUGCGUGGCCAUCAAGAGAUAAAAGGCAUUACCAGCUCCUUCUUGAAUUGGGUACUUUUAGAUGGAAAUGUUAAGACCCUCGAUGACAAAGGGUUGGAAGUGCUCUCUUUGAGGAAAUCUGCCGCUGAUGCAUUCCAUGUUCUUAUGAGCGGUUCAGAAGCUUGUUUGAACAAGAAGUAUCAUGCAACUAUUCGUCCACUUUAUAAGCAACGGUUUUACAAUACCAUGCUGCCAAUAUUAUUAUCAUCAAUCCUGGAAUUUGAUUCACCAUCUACACGAUCCUUACUAUACCGAGUGUUUUCACAUUUGAUAGUCGGUGCUCCUCUAACUGCUGUUGUGAGCGAUGCCAAAAAGGUUGUCCCUGUACUUGUAGAUUGCCUAUGCACGUUGCAAGAUGAUGAUCAUGAUAAAGAUUUAAUCUUCAGUGUCUUAUUAGUCCUGUCUGGAAUUUUGAUGGAAGAAAAUGGACAAGAAGCUGUUAAAGAAAAUGCUCAUCCCAUUGUCCACCAACUUGCUAAGCUUCUGACAUAUCCCUAUAUGAUGGUAGUCCGCGAAACCGCAAUCCAGUGUCUUACGACCUUGUCUAAUUUACCCCAAUCAACAUCAUAUCCCUUCAGAAAAGAGAUUUUGCAAGCAAUAUCAAGAGCUGUUGAUGAUCCAAAGAAAACGGUUCGUCAAGAAGCAGUCAGAUGUCGGCAUGCUUGGUCAGGUUAAUAGCUUUCUGCAUAAUAACAAAGUGUUGAAGAGGUGAGAGCUUGUAAGUAUAUGUUAAGAAAAUCCAAGUUGUCAAAUUUGUAUGAAGUGCACAAUUCGGGUUCCAAUUUGGUUUCGAGCAAACACUACGAAAUGAGAUUGAGUGAUUGCAUAUUUGUGGCAACUCAACACGCAUAAUCCGUUUAUCCCGAAUUAGCAGCCCGGGUUACUAAAUUGAUAUCCCCAAA